GUGUGUGUGUAUUAGGAGAGGCUGUGGGGGGUGCACAUGUACUGUAGACCACAGCAGCAGCAGACAAAAGCCACAAACCCCAAAGUGACAGUGGAUGUGACUUGCAGUGUCUGUUUCCCAAACAGGUGUUUAUUGGUUUAUUUGGUGGAGGAGGAGUGAUUGCUGUGGAGAGAGUUGACUUGAGAGACUUGGUUGUUUUAUUCCUCAGUCAGAGGAUGGGAUGAGUGAGUUGCAGAGCAGAUAAACAGAACCAUAGCUUGUUUUUCCUCCCUUACAUAACAGAAAAGAUGCAGCUUAAAGUACCAAUGUGAAGCUUAUCUUUCUUUUGGACAUACUAAACAAUAUGAAAGUGUGUGUUGGCUUUUUCUAUCAUAAAAAAACACACACAAAUAUGUUUGCACCGCUCCGCUACAAUGUGCCAGCUCCUUGCAUCCUCUCCUGAUGGCCCCGGGGUACUGAUCUUCUUCUGCCUGGGUGAAGAGCUGGGAGUCUGAAGUGGGACGGGCAAAGAGGGGAAACUCUGGCCCCGUCCCGUUCUCCACUUUUAAUGAGCGCUCCGAUCAUGCAGGAGUAAAAGUCCAGGUGGAACAGCUCAGUGCUCGCACACACACACACCCUGGUCCGUGCUGCUUUCAAUGAAAGAGUGAGGAGAAACUGCGCAGGGAAUUACUUUUUUCUAACGCCUGGAGGAUUAUUUUCCCUUCUCAGGUUGUACAAGGACAUCUGGCCGACCUGCUGAACCAGCGCACCACCCAUCAUGAUCAGAGCAUCAGUCACAGCCAUCUGCCUCGCGCUCCUCCUGUCCUGUGCUUGCUGGGCCAAGCCUAACGGAUCAAAGAACAAGAAGCCAAAGCAAGCUGUUCCAGACAUAGAGUGCGAUGUCAGAGCGGGAAAGAUCAACCUCCCAGAGUUCAUAGUCAGAUGUCCUGCACACUGUAAAGAGACAAAACAGCAGGUUUAUGGGACAGGAGUGUUCGCCUCCAUCUCCAGCAUCUGCAAUGCAGCCAUCCACAGUGGCGUCAUCACCAACACGGGCGGAAAGGUGAUCGUGAGGAAGAUGGCCGGGCAGAAUAUCUACAAAGGCAGUAACUCCAACGGGGUGCGCUCUCUGUCUCUGCCGAAGUGGAGGGAGUCAUUUGUCGUCUCAGUGGGGAAGCCCAAGAAAGGAGUCAUCUACCCAUCUGCCCUGGACUACGUCCCUUCAAGACCAACCUACGUGAAGACAAGUCAAAAGGAGGCCAAAUCCCCCGUGGUUACCACGGUGCUGCCAACAGCAACCGCACCCGAACCCACCACAACUACAACACCUGAACCCACCACCACCACUUCCACCACCACACCAGCUCCCACCACCACCACCAACACACCUCCACCACCACCCACCACUGCCAAAGCUCGAGCUGCUCUGCACAAAGUCAGGGAUGCAGGCAGCAGUCACCCGUACCUUGCCUCUGUGGCAGCUGCAAGACAGUCACAAAAUGGUCAAGGAAAGAGUCCCAGCCAAGUAUUCAGAGGAAGUGCCUUUCCGAAUAGAUUCCCACAUCGAACCAGUGCAGGUCUGCGCAGACCAGAGGCAGGGUCGGCUAUGAGGAGACAGCUAUCCUCUCCAGUAGGCCCAGCUUUUAACAGGGUUCAGCCGGCCCCGCCCGAGCGGACUCCAACCAUGAGCCAGUCCAACCCCGCUUUUCCCAGAAGGGAUUGGGCGCCCCCCUCCUUUCCUCGACCUGAUUGGUUCCCUGGAGCUCGACGACCAGCAGAUAUUAGUUAUGCAGUUCCAGACUCAGGAUACACGUGGAGCGAGACAGACACUCCUGAGAUCACAGCUCCCGAUCACAGGCCUGAUAUCUCAGAGUAUGAGCGCUGGUAUUAUAACUUUGGACCGUACCCGCCCCGAUCCACUGACUCAGAUGUCAACCGUAAGACGCCACUGGACACAACCCAUACUCGAGUGGAGCCAGUGGAUGCCUGGAAGCCAGAGGCAAACCUUUAUGAAUCAGGCUUCAGUUUGAAGGAGCAAGAGCCUGUACCCAGAUCACCUGAGCCUGUGUCACAGGGAAACACAAAUUGUAAGGUGGACCUGGCCUUCCUGAUGGACGGGAGCUGGAGCAUUGGGAAGCGGCGUUUUAAGAUUCAGAAGGACUUCCUGGCUGAGGUGGCUCAGACCAUCAACGUGGGCAUGGCCGGACCCAUGAUGGGCAUCAUCCAAUAUGGGGAUGACCCUGUGACAGAGAUCAGUCUGAGGAGUCACUCCAACUCCAGAGAGCUGAAGUCAGCCAUAGAUAAGAUUGUGCAGAAGGGAGGCCUUUCCAAUGUGGGAAAGGCCCUCUCCUACAUCAAUAAGCAGUACUUCAGUGAUGCCAAUGGAAACCGAGGGGGAGCUCCUAACGUGGCCGUGGUGCUGGUGGACGGCUGGCCCACAGACAAGGUGGAGGAGGCGUCUCGGCUCGCUCGGGAGUCUGGCAUCAACAUAUUCUUUGUCACCAUCGAGGGCCCUGACGACAAUGAGAAACAGAACCUGGUUGAGGCCAACUUUGUUGACAAGGCUGUGUGUCGGACAAACGGCUUCUAUUCCCUGCCUGUGACCAGCUGGUUUGCCCUGAGGAAGACCGUGCAGCCCCUGGUGAAGAGAGUGUGCGACACAGACCGCCUGAUGUGCAGCAAAACCUGCCUCAACGCCAACGACAUCGCCUUUGUCAUCGAUGGCUCCAGCAGUGUGGGAACCGGCAACUUCCGCACCGUGCUGCAGUUUGUGGCCAACGUCACACGGGAGUUUGAGAUCUCUGACACGGACACGCGGGUGGGAGCUGUGCAGUACACCUACGAGCAGAGGCUGGAGUUUGCCUUCGGCCAGUACAACAACAAGGCCGAGCUGCUGAACGCCAUCAAACGCAUCAACUACUGGAGCGGUGGGACCAGCACUGGUGCUGCCAUCACUUACGCCGCAGAGCAGCUCUUCAGCAAAUCCAAACCCAACAAACGCAAGAUCAUGAUUGUCAUUACAGACGGCCGCUCCUAUGAUGACGUCAAGGCACCUGCCCUGGCUGUCCACAGCCAAGGUGUGAUCGCCUACUCCAUCGGCAUCGCCUGGGCAGCCCAGGACGAGCUGGAGUACAUCGCCACCGACCCCGACAAGGAGCACUCUUUCUUUGUGGACGAGUUUGACAACCUCUACAAAUUUGUACCCAAGAUCAUCCACAACAUCUGCCAGGAAUUCAAUUCCCAGCCCAGAAACUGAGGACGGACGUGUGGAGGGGGAGGUGUAAAGAGGGACAUCUUGAUCGAGGGCCGUCUCAACAGAGCGCUGAUUGUAAAUUUACUCACUCUGUUGAAACAGAUGGUGGUGCUGGAUUGGCUGCAGCCCCCCCGUAUUUGAGCAGGGAGGGGUUCUGAAUUUACGUGAGGAUUGUGGGUUUGGACAAAUCAAAUCUUUAAGUCAAUCAGCAUCUGGUCCCAAAUAUACAAAUGGUGCUAGUAGUAAAGGGUUUGCAUAACACAGUGACAUACUGACAUCUCAUGUGGCGCCAGUUGUUCUCUGUUGGUGCCAUAAAGAGAACAGAGUAUUCCUAGUCAUUUAAAAUGAUGGUACCACUUUCUAUUAAGUCACCUUUUAAAAGGCAAGUUGUAAAUAAGAGUUUUAAAAAUAAUUCACUAUUGCUUUGAAGAUCAGUUUUAAGUCAUUUAUAUAGUGUUAAUCCUCAUUUUGAAUUUCUUUUUUAUCAUGCAAAUUACCAAUGUACUGUUUGACCUCUGACCUUCUGGAAAGGAACUGCAGAACAUCUGGACCAAAAUUAAUCUGUUAACAACUUGUCAGUGUUCACUAACUACAUAUUUGAUUGAUUGAAUUUGUAUCUAGAAGCUGGUAAAAGCAAGAGACAUGCUGGAGGAGCCAAAGGGAAAUUUCUCACAACUUGGCAACUUCAUACUUAAAGUAAAUGAUUUAUUUGCAUUAAUAAAUCCCUUACGUGCAACUUUUAGAAGCUUCAUAAAGGGUGCCUUACUAGGACGUGGGACCAGACUGAUUAACAAAUAUAAAGCUGCCUUACUGGGAUAUGGUGCUUGCAGAGAGAUGUAGAUUUAAAGCAUGCCUAGCACUUCCUCUUUUGGCUUAACAUACUUCAUAAACUUAAUAAUACGGUGCUUUAUAUACAAUUCUCUGUCAAGAGGAUAUACUUUCUUAGAAACGGUGCAUUUUGAUCUUCCUAAUAGGAGAGAUUUGUUAGUAGGGACAUUGUUAAAGUUCCUCUCUAUGAUAAUGGAGCUGUAUGUUAGUGGAAGGUAAAAACGAAGCUCAAGUCAGCAACAAGGAAGUGGACUUGUGUUAGAAGUGAGGAAAGAGGAGCUUGGAUAUCUUUGAACAGAGUGAUGGCGGAUGUUAAACUUGCUUCUCAGGAAUGAAAGCAAUUCAUCUAGUCGCUCUGGUUUUCUAAUUGAGUGGUUGCUUCUAACAUUGCAGGCAUUUCUGUUUUGUUUAAAGAGUAUUUAUGAUUUUCUCUGUUAUGUCCUGUUUGUACAUAUGCAUAUUAAAAGCCUUUCGCUAAUAAUGUUCAGAUAAUUGAUCAAUAUUUUUUUUUUGCAAUUUUUAAUAAAAUAAAGAAAAUUAAGAGAA